AUGCUGAUCCUGGACCUGGCGAUCUGGAUUAUCCCGGUGACGCUCGUGUUCGUGCCGUGCCGGCGGCUGGUGGUGCUGGUGGCCAGGCUGCAGGAGCUGGAGGAGUGCAUCAUGCGGCCGCGCCCGCCGCCGCCGCUCAUGGACUCGUGGGCGUGGGGCCGCGUCGGCGGCCUGCACACCAUGAGCGUCAUGAUGCGAUCGAGGUUCGAGUUCAACCCUGCAAGCUGCAAUGGAGGUGCGUACGGGGUGAGGUUAGGUGAGGUGAGGUGGGGAGAGAGAGGGAGACCUCAGUUUUACCUAGGAGGUGGCAGCUUCUUCGAUCCGGUUGGAUCCCUGACCCUGUCUGCAUUUUCAGUUGCCAAGGAGGAGAACAAGAAGCUCAUGGUGUCCUUCAUCAAUAGGGAGAGGCUGCUAAGCCAUCAACCGUGA